AUGGAGUCUCAUAUAAACAAAGAUUUGGUCGGCGGCACAGCCCUCCACACGUAUCACCCGUGCCGGCGCAUCGUUCCAUACAGAAUCUACGCCGUUAUUCACAUGUGUGGGAUCGUAACCCUAAUCAAUAACCAUGUCCACUCACUUGUCACAGCAGACAAAACUCUAAUAACAUCUCUUCUUCUCCUCGCCGACGUUGUUCUGGCUUACAUGUGGAUCACCACAGCUGCCCUCCGGUUUAACCCGGUUCACCGGUCCGAGUACCCUGAGAGAUACGUAGCUCAACCGGAGAAGGACUUUCCGAAGCUGGACGUGUUUAUAUGCACGGCUGAUCCAUACAAGGAGCCUCCGAUGAUGGUGGUUAACACCGCUUUAUCUGUGAUGGCCUAUGAUUAUCCGUCGGAAAAGAUAUCGGUUUAUAUAUCGGACGAUGGAGGAUCGUCGUUGACUUUGUUUGCUUUGAUGGAGGCUGCUAAGUUCUCUAAGCAUUGGUUGCCUUUUUGCAAGAGGAACAAUAUUCAAGAUCGGUCCGCUGAAGUUUAUUUCUCAUCAAAGUCACAUUUUGGGAGUGAUGAAGCUCAAAAUCUGAAGAUGAUGUACGGAGAAAUGAAAAGUAGAGUAGAACAUGUCGUGGACAGUGGAAAGGUUGAGGCUGACUUUAUCACACGUGAUAAAUCUCGUAGAGUAUUUGAUCUGUGGACCGACAAAUUCACUCGUCAUGACCAUCCCUCUAUUAUUGAGGUGCUACAAAAUAGCGAAACAGAUAUGGACGAGACCAACAAAUUUAAGAUGCCGAACCUAAUCUAUCUUUCAAGAGAGAAGAGUAAAGUUUCACCGCAUAAUUUCAAAGCCGGUGCUCUUAAUACUUUGUUGCGCGUUUCUGCGGUGCUUACAAACUCACCGGUCAUUCUAACACUAGACUGCGACAUGUACUCGAACGAUCCUGUGACACCAAUUCGUGCCUUGUGCUAUUUAACAGAUCCUGAAAUAAAAUCCGGUUUGGGCUUUGUUCAGUUUCCUCAAAAGUUUCAAGGGGUAAGCAAGAAUGAUAUUUAUGCAUGCGAGUACAAACGCCUCUUUGAAGUCAGUAUGAUUGGUUUCGAUGGACUUAUGGGUCCAAAUUAUCAUGGAACUGGAUGUUUCUUCAACCGACGAGUUUUCUACGGGCCUCCAUCUAAUUUAAUUUUGCCUGAGAUAGAUGAACUUGGGCCCAAUCAAAUUGUAGAUAAGUCCAUUAAGGCCCAAGAUGUUUUGGCAUUGGCACACAAAGUAGCAGGAUGUAUGUAUGAACGCAACACCAAUUGGGGAUCUAAGAUUGGAUUCAGAUAUGGGACAUUAGUAGAAGACUACUACACAGGAUUUAAACUCCAUUGCGAAGGAUGGAGAUCAGUCUUUUGCACUCCCAAACGAGCUGCAUUUUAUGGAGAUGUCCCAAAAAGCUUAAUUGAUGUAGUGAACCAACAAAAGAGAUGGACAUUUGGAUUUCUCGAAGUGGCUUUUUCAAGGUAUAGCCCCAUGACUUAUGGGAUCAAAUGUGGGGGCCUACUUUUGGGCUUAGGCUAUAGCCAAAAUCCAUUUUGGGGUAUUUGGUCAAUUCCUGUCAUCGUUUAUGGAUUAUUGCCGCAACUUUCCCUGCUGUUUAGAGGUAGUGUCUUCCCCAAGACAUCAGAUCCAUGUUUUUGGCUUUACACCUUCUUGUUCGUUGGUGCAUAUGCGCAAGAUCUACUAGACUUUGUAUUAGAAGGAGGAAGUUAUCGCAGAUGGUGGAACGAUCAAAGAAUGUGGUUAAUAAGAGGAUUAUCUUCAUUCUUCUUUGGCCUAAUAGAGUUCACUCUCAAAACCUUAAACCUCUCCACGCUUGGAUUCAACGUUACCAGCAAAACCAACGAUGAUAAAGAACAAAGUGAGAGGUACGAGCAAGAGAUAUUUGAUUUUGGAUCAUCUUCGUAUAUGUUCUUGCCCAUGACAAUGGUUGCCAUUGUGAACCUCAUUGCCCUCGUUUGGGGGCUGUAUUGUCUUUUCUCUUUGAGAGAAGUACUUGUCCUUGAUCUGAUGCUGGCGAGCUUCGCGGUGGUGAAUUGUUUGCCGAUCUACAAAGCCAUGAUAUUGAGGAAAGAUGAUGGAAAAUUACCACAAACGGUGUGUUUCUUAGCUGGGAUCAUCACUUUUGGUUUUAUUGUGUCAGGUUACUUCAUCUUCAAGUAA